GUCUACACAGUCCGGGUCGACAACUCCUACGCCGUCCACCUGGCAGGUGCGAAGCUGCCUCAGCCGACGCUCCAGGUCAAUGAUGCCCUGGUGGUGCCUUCGGAUCAGGAUGCGACCUGGUUGUCUGACCAGACCGGCUCUACACUGAAGCACCUCGGUGCUGGGCCCCUGCUCCUGAAUUUCAGCCAGGAGAACGACGGCCUGGAGUUGGCCUUCUCCUCGAUCAUCCAGGCCCGUGAGAUUCGCAUCAUCGGCGCAAAGCACAUCACUCUCCGUCAGAAUGCCGCCAUCGAUGCCUCCGCCCGCAACUUGGUUUCUCAACUUGCUGCUUUCAAGCGACAGUUCCACUGGGCAGAGCUUCUUCUCCUGUCUUCCCCUCUUGCUGUUGUGGCUGCUGCUGGUGCUGCUGCUACAACUGGCACUGCGGCCACUGCUGCGUCGUCACCUGUUUCUGUCUGUCAUUCAUCCUAUCGCGAUAUCAUUAUCACUCCCAUGGCAGUACCAUGA